AUGGCUGAGGAGUCAAUAUCCUUUAUAGACAUCAAGGAGGGGACGAGAUGCUGUGACUCCACCACGCAGUGCAAAUAUGUUUUCAGAAAUGUCUGCUAUGAGUUUGUUGAAGGAUCCGAGAGCUGGUUUGAAGCCCGGGGUGCCUGUGAAAAGCGAGGAGGGGAGCUCCUGAAACUGAUGAGCCGCCCGGUCAAAAGUUUCCUGGAGAACAUCACAGUGGGGACGAACACAGCCAACCUGACCUGGUGGCUGGCGGAGGAGGCACUGGGGGAGCAUGAGGAACCCAACAUGGGAUUUGCAAGGAGUGCAGACGACAUGGCCUUGUAUGUCCAAAACAUCGACAAACUUCUUGAGGACAACUUCAUCAAGUAUCUGUUGGAAGGCACAAAACAGCUGACUUCAGAGUAUGCUUCAGAAAACAAUGAGGUUAUCAAUCACAUUAUCAACUGCAGCAGUGGCAUCCUCCUCCUCUCAAUGAAAAGAUGUGAUGUCAAGACUAAUCCUAACCCUACGUCUUUGUUUGAACAGGUUUUGGAGAUCUAUCAGGCUGUCAGCGUGUUGUUGGGUACGACACUCAACACACAAUAUGUCAUUCAGCACCCAGGAGGCACCAUCUAUCACAGCACCCACAAACCAGCUGGCAUGAGCAAUGCAGUGUUGGGUUCAGAGAAAGAUGGCAUGUUCAUCAAAUUCCCCUCAUAUUCAGCACUCGAGUCUCAGCUGGGACAGUACAAGACCAUCAGCGCUCAGAUGGCUACACUCUCAAACAAUCCCCAUCCAUCUGAUGACAACAUCUCAGGAACCGUUUGCAGCGUUUUUCUUAGCGACGGGCACUCAGACAUCAAGCUGAGCAACCUGACAGAGAUGAUAGAGAUCUUCCUGCUUCGUCCAGGUGCCUCAGCAGUUGUCAACACCACUGUGGUACUGAAGGAGAACACUAAAGCUCUGAGCACAUUCAACAUCUCCGACCCUAACGUGACAGUCAUCUUCGGCGCGGAGCCCAGUUCCAUCGUAUCGCUGCAGCUGCUCCUGUAUCCUGGGUCACGUUCUAACAAAACCUACUACAGCAGCAGCACCAUUCUCAACCACACAGAGGGCUACCGUUGGAUUGUGACGCCUGAGAUGCGAGAGCAGACCACUGGAGUCUGGUACAUCGAAACUAUUCUCUUCAACUCCUCUUGGGAACCAGGCCUAACACUGCAUCUCACUUCUUUCACCAGCAAGUGCAUGUUCUGGGAUACACAAAGGGAAUCCUGGAGCACAGAUGGCUGCUGGGUGGGUGAGAAAACGACUCCGUACCGUUCACAGUGUCUGUGUAACCACCUCACCCUCUUUGGAAGCUCUUUCUUUGUGAUGCCCAACUACGUGGACCUGUCUCGUACAACAGAGUUGUUCUCCACUGUCUCUGAGAACUAUGUGGUGCUGGCGUUGCUGUGUGCUUUCUUCGGCCUCUACCUGAUCACUCUGCUGUGGGCUUGCUUUGCUGAUCGCAGGUCACGGUCCAGGAGGAAGAUGACGGUUCUGGAGGACAACCAUCCAUGUGCCCAGUACAACUAUCUGCUUAGUGUCCAGACCGGCAGUCGCAAGAAUUCUGGUACCUCUGCGAAUGUCACAGUGAGGCUGAUCGGUUCUGAGGGAGAGAGUGAGCUGCACAACCUCACAGAUCCUGACAAGCCCGUGUUUGAGAGAGGAGCCGUCGACAUGUUCCUGCUGGCCACACCCUUCCCACUGGGCAAGCUACAAAACCUCAGGCUACAGCACGACAACUCUGGAGGGCAUCCCUCAUGGUACUGGAAGCAAAGCAUGUUAUUAUAA